AUGUAUACCGCCGAUAUCGGGGAAUACAAAUGUCGGAUAGACUUCCGGAAGGGCCGGACUCAGUAUCGGAGCGUCCAAUUAGACGUAAUCGUGCCUCCAAGAGAAGUGAUAAUAAUGGAUGAAUACGGGCAGCGAUUGCGUGAUCCGGUCGGACCAUUCAAUGAAGGGGCGCACCUGACUGUGAUCUGUGAGGCCGAGGGAGGCAAACCGCGUCCAAGCAUUCACUGGUAUAAAGACAGUACACUAUUGGACGACUCCUGGAUAGUGACCCCACAGGGAAUCGUACGAAACGAGUUGAGUAUAACACGUCUGUUACGUACGGAUCACAAGUCUAUCCUCACGUGUCGGGCCAACAGCUCUAAUCUUUCCCGACCAGUCUCUGCCAGCAUUGCAUUAGAGCUCAAUUGUAAUACACUAUUGGACGACUCCUGGAUAGUGACCCCACAGGGAAUCGUACGAAACGAGUUGAGUAUAACACGUCUGUUACGUACGGAUCACAAGUCUAUCCUCACGUGUCGGGCCAACAGCUCUAAUCUUUCCCGACCAGUCUCUGCCAGCAUUGCAUUAGAGCUCAAUUGUAAAGCAAAAAAAAAUACACCACGUUUAACCGUAUCGUUCGGCGCGUCCAUACAUCACGAUCAGGUCCGGGAGGGCUCUAACGUGUCGUUCGUGUGUCACGUGACGGCCAACCCUCCCGUCUCGGAGAUCGGCUGG